CCCUGGAUACUGCGGUGGCACUGUUCAGUCAAGGCCAAGGCUCGGCACUCUCAAGGUGGCGCUGUUCCUCUAGGGGCUGACCCAGUGCCUCUCAUGCGCGGAGUGACGGAAGCAGCGCGCGCCAUUCCGCUCUUUCGAUAUUCCCGGUGCAGGAAUGUUAUGAUAAAAGCCUUUAGGAUUAGUGCUUAGAUAUGUUAUUGCGAGUGAGAGACCGGGCGGGAGUGCCUGGCUUGGUCUGCCUUGUGGCGUGCGUGCUAGUGGACGUCACCCACGCCCUCAGACAUGGACACGAACCCGGCAGCAGAGCGGGCCACCGACUCCAAGAACUCUUCCCGGAGGAGGAGGCCGUCUUGGCGGACUUCGCGAGUGAUGUCAGCGGCUCGACCAGACGCCGAUGUCGUCGCGACAUCGUGGAGAAGAUCCGGGAAGCCUCGAGCACCCGCCUUCUCUCCGCAGGCAGCCUGGGUUCCUCCUUCUCCCAAGGGUACAUCGACCUGGGCUCCCGGGACCUCGUGGAGGAGGGCGCUGCCACGCUCGCCUUCGUCUUCGACACCACAGGUUCCAUGUCCGACGACCUCAUGCAGGUGAUCAACGGCGCCAGCAGGAUCCUCAAGACGGUCCUUGAGAAGUUCGAGCGACCCAUCCACAACUACGUCCUCGUGCCCUUCCACGACCCCAACGUGGGCCCCAUGACGGUCACGACGAACCCCGAGGAAUUCCUGAUGUCGCUGCAGGACCUCACGCCCACCAUCAGCGGGGGCGGCGACUGUCCAGAGAUGGCGGUGCGGGCGAUCAAGAUGGCCCUGGAGACGAGUGUGCCUUCGUCCUACAUCUACGUGUUCACCGACGCCAGGGCCAAGGAUUACCACCUGCUCGACGACGUGCUCAAGCUCAUUCAGAAGAAGCAGUCGCAGGUAGUGUUUGUGAUGACAGGUGAUUGUGGGAAUCACACUCACGCUGGUUAUAAAGCAUUCCAGUCUAUCGCCUCGACGUCAUCCGGCCAGAUUUUCCACCUGGAUAAGAGUAACGUGAACAAAGUGCUGACCUUCGUGGAGCUCUCCCUCGAAUCUCGCAAGGUCAAUCUGCUGUCCCUUGAUCGCGAGACCCUUGGCCCUGGAGAGGAGAACCUGCCGCUGCUUGUGGACCAGACGCUCAAGCAGUUCACCAUCUCCGUCGCGGGGAAGAAGCCCAAGAUUGAGAUCUUCGGGCCCCGCGGAGAGGACGUGACGCGGAAGGAGGGCGUCGAGGAGCUGCUCACCCUCGAGAACGUCAAGGUCCUCGGCGUCAAGGAGCCUGAGCCUGGUCGCUACAACAUCUCCGUCGGCAGCGAGAGCGAGUACACGGUGCGGGCGACGGGUCUCUCCUCGCUCAAUUUCGAACACGGUUUCUCCCUCAAACCCACCACCAACUUCAAGGAGACGUAUCACAGGCCGGUGAAAGGCGGUAUCUCGUACGUCGUCGUCCGGCCGCAUGACGUCACGGAGUUCGGCGACAUCUACCGGCUGCAGCUGGUGUCCCUGGACGGCAAAGUGCUCGAGGACAUGCCCCUCACGCGCCUCCCGGGGUCGGGGCCGGUGUUCAACGGCACGGCCUUCCCCGCGCCGGACGUCCCCUUCAACAUCAAGAUCUUCGGGAGAGACCAAGAUGGCUACCAGUUCGAGAGGAUUUCCCCAACAGCCACCACUGCUCAGCUCCCGUUUCCGCCGGAAGUGACGUCAGCCUCGAGGGUCUAUGGGUACUUCGGCCGUCCAGCUGUCAUCAUCUGCCACGUGCACACUCUUGUGCCCUUCCAGCUGUCGUGGCAGAGGGACGGGAUCGACCUGGGCCCGUCGGUUACGCAUCCACAAUCUGCGGAGGUUGAGUAUGUGGUGGAGUCGCCUCAGAGAGAUGACGAAGGGCGCUACACCUGCAUCGCCACCAACAGCGCCGGCAGUACAUCGUCCACGGUCUUCCUGGAUAUGAAAGAACCACCCCCACAGAUCACAACCGCCGAGGAGGUGUCUCUGCCGCCCUCUCGCCCCGCCGUGCUCACCUGCGACGUGUAUUCCACUGUGGAGCAUAACGUUACGUGGUCCCGUUACAUCAUCAAGGGGCAGGUGCAGGACUACUUCGGCAAGACAGAGACCAUUGGAGAAUUUGUGAACGUGAGGAACGUGAGAGGUUAUCGCAUGCUGUCCAACACGUCACUGCUGCUGGAGAACGUCACAUCCAACGACGAAGGAUGGUUUAGGUGCACAGCUGCCAAUGAAGGCGGCCGCUCGUCACGCGAAGUGCACGUGUCGGUUCAGUCUCCGCCGCAGGUGACCGUGGUGCCGGAAGUGGCACCCUUCAGCGCCGGAGACAACGUGACGGUGUCGUGCGUGGCGAGGGGAUUCCCCGAGCCGCAGGUGUCGUGGCGGAGGUACGACGUCCAGAUCGGCAGGUCGUACACGCGCGUGAGGGAGGACGAGGAUCAUGCUCUGCACGUGGCCAGUGCGGUGCAUGACGAUGAGGGGCCGUACGUGUGCAUGGCCUCCAGCUCGGCAGGAUCCGCCGAAGCCACGGUGACCUUGGCUUUCAUGGAGGGGCCAAAGGUCAUGCCAGUGCAGGACCAGGUUCUGGCAGCCAGCGGGGACACGGCUUGGCUACAGUGUUACGCCGAGGGCACACCGUCACCUUCCAUCACCUGGCUGAAAGAGGGGAAAGUCGAGGUGGCACCUAUGUCCUUCAUUCAGGUGGAGGACGGGAACCUCAAGAUCCACGGCGUGCAGAGGAGCGACGCCGGCACCUACACCUGCGUGGCAUCGAAUGUGGCUGGCAGUGCCCAGGCGAAUGUGGUACUGGAGGUCGGGUCGCCGCCCACGGUCGUCCAGGCGCCUGCAGACACCGUCGUCGAGAUCGGCAGCACGGGCGGCCUCUCGUGCUAUGGCGUGGGCGUGCCAGAGCCCAGCAUCACCUGGAGGCGAGAGGACGGCGCCCCCCUUCCUCCCCACAUCACCCACGACCGCGACGGGAACCUCAGGGUGCAAGGGAUGAAAGUGGAGGACGAAGGCACGUACCUCUGCACGCUGGAGAACCUGUACGAUGCAGUCACUCUGCGGGCCACGAUUUCCGUCUCUGGCCUCUUGGCCCCCCUGAUCGCCGCCCCCCCGGACCCCAAUCUGAAGGCAACCCUGGACGCCCCUGUAACGCUGCCAUGCACGGUGAUCAUGGCCAAUCCUCCGCCCGAUCUCGUGUGGCUUCAUGACGGUGUGCCUGUCAGGUCGAGCAAAGGAAUGGUCGUCAAGAGCGAUGGGAGUCUGAGCAUCUUCUCCGUGUCUGCGAGGCACGAGGGAGCGUACCAGUGCGUGGCAACCAACGUGGCCGGGAAUUCGACGCAGACUCUCAAUCUCAAAAUACUAGUUCCGCCUCGAGCCAAGUCCAAGCGAGUGGAGGACAACGUAGAGGCGCUGGAGGGCGACGUGGUCAAGCUCAAGUGCCCCGUCAAGGCUGACCCUCGACCCACCUUCUUCUGGCACAAGAACGGACAGCCGAUAUCACGGACGUCCUCGAGAAUGCGUGUCCUGCAAGACGGCAUCCUCGUGAUUCGCCAGCUGCUUGCCUCCGACGCAGGAACCUACGUGUGCACGGCCGUCAACGCGGCGGGGGCCACCAAGAUCGCCGUCGUUCUGGAUGUCCAUGUCCCGCCCACCAUCGCGGAAGGACCCACCUCGUACACGGUGGGCGAGGGCGAAGUGGUGGAGAUCGAGUGCGUGGCUUCGGGGGCGCCUCCCCCCUCCAUCACGUGGGUGCGGCAGGACCAGACUCUCCUGCUGGACCAGACGAUGCCCGAUGGUACGCUGAGGAUGGUAGCAACACUGGAGAGCGAAGGACGGUACGAAUGCAUGGUGACGAACGCUGCAGGCUCAGCACACAAGACCGUCGUUGUCCUGAUUAGCAAGGCCCCGGAAAUUUCCCCACCCGGCGAUGAGACCCUGGCGGUAUCAGCAGGUCAAGAUCUCAAACUGCCAUGCGAGGUCAAAGGUCAUCCAGAACCCGAAGUGUCAUGGAGACGAAAUGGACUCGUGUUGGCUGCGGAUGAGAGACUGGUGCCUUCCCCCGGUUACCUGCUAAUGAGUGCCGUCACACCUGACCUCGCAGGGAACUACACCUGCAGUGCCAUCAACCAGGCCGGAAAUGCCCAUAAAACAUUCGUCAUAACAGUUAAUUAUCCCCCGCAAGUGGAGACUAUGGAGGAGACGUGGCCCGAGAGAAGCGUGGUGAAAGGAGGGCGCUUGUCUCUGCCGUGUCCUGCGUUGGCCAAUCCUACUCCUACGCGCGACUGGACCAAGGAUGGCGUUCGGCUCCUGCCCGAAGAAGGACUGGAGAUCCUGGAGAGUGGGACCGUGGAAGUCUCUCGAGCAGAACCCAAGCACUCAGGAAGCUACAGAUGCACGCUCACCAACUUCCUCGGUCAAGCACACAUUGAUUACGACGUGAAGGUCCUCAUCCCGCCCAGAGUGACUCAGCGGCACCGCCCAAGCGCCCCUAUUGUGGUGGAGGGCGAAGACGUUGUUAUCAACUGCCCAGUGGACGCCGUGCCCAUCCCGACCAUCACGUGGCUCAAGGACGGCGUGUCCAUCUUCUCGACGAAGGACCGCGCCGACAUGACCCACAUCGUCGUCGAGAACAAUGGCCAGACCCUCUACAUCCUCGAGGCAACUGUGGAUGACAAAGGUGUGUACCGCUGCGUGGCCAAGAACGACGCGGGCGUGACGGAGCUGCUGUUCCCGCUGGAGGUCCUCGUGGCGCCGCAGUUCACCGAGUUCUUCCACAACCCCGACGUGACCUUGCAUGCCGGGGAAGAGCUUGACCUCGACUGUGACGUCAGCGGUGACCCCGAGCCGCAGGUAUCGUGGAAGCGUGACGGGGAGCCUCUGUACGCCCACGUGUCGCCUGGAGGUCGCCGAGUGCACGUACAGCACGCCAAAGUCGGGCAUGCAGGACACUACACGUGCACGGCCGUUAACACCGCUGGCACCGCCCACAGGAACUUCAGCGUCACCGUCCUCAAACCGCCCACGAUGGAGGACGGGGGCGCCGACGAACUGACGGGCGUGGAAACUGUGGAGGGAAGAGACGCCAAGCUGUGGUGUCGGGCGGAUGGGUCGCCAGCGCCCGAGAUCGUCUGGACGAAGGACCAUCAGCUCAUUUCUCCUCCGCAGGAGGGGAAAUACUCAACACAGGAAGAAGGACAGAUGCUCACCAUACACGAGGUUGCGCCAGAGUCCUCGGGUUUGUACGAAUGCACCGCCACUAACUUCGUCGGCACCGCUACCCGCACCUUCAACCUCUCCGUCAUGACGCCGCCCACGAUCCGCGACGCGGGCGGAAGCGACGUGGUAACCGACGUGCAGGUGGUGUCGGGUCGGGAGGCCAUCCUGUACUGCGGCGUCGAGGGGUCCCCGCCACCCGCCAUCACCUGGCUUAGGGAUGGGCGGACCCUCAAACCAGGGCCCCGAGUCCACUUCACGGGGCCUUACGAACUCCUCCUGACGAGCGUGCAGGCGGGCGACGCGGGGGACUACGCCUGCUUGGCCACCAACCGCGCGGGGACGGCGGAGAAGCAGUUCAAUAUCAGGGUCAUCGUUCCGGCCACGAUAGCGGACGACGAGGAUGGCUCUCCGCCGAUGCAGGAGGUCCUGGUCGACAUGCCCUUCUCCCUUUACUGUCCUGUAGAAGGCACGCCGCAGCCACGCAUCACUUGGACGAAGAACUCCGCCCCGCUGGAUGGUCUGCUCGGCUUCCAUGGC